CGUUUCCAUCAGCUCUACGCGUCACUGUGACGAGGAAUUGGUUCUGUUGGAACAGUUCUAUAUAUGAAUCGUGCUCGGGAAUGCAGCACAGCUCCUUCUAUUCACGCAUUUCGAUCGCACCUCUUGAAUGAACACCCAUACCUGACAUACCUAUAAGUUUGCUGGAAUCAAGAUGAAGGUGGUCAUUAUUGGUGCCGGAAUCGGUGGUCUGGUUUGCGCCAUAUCCUGUCGUCGGGAAGGCCUCGAAGUUGUAGUUCUCGAACAAGCUGCUGCUUUACAACCUGUCGGCGCAGGAAUACAGAUACCUCCCAACGCUGCCCGGAUCCUUCGCAAGCUCGGCCUCGUACCUCAACUGCUAGACAAGGCUACUUUGGUCGAUACAAUUGACUACCUUCGAUACAAAGAUGGCGAGGUUCUGUAUCAGAUGGAAGGCGGCGAGAAGAUGAAGGAAUUAUAUGGCGAUGUUUGGAUGGUUAUUGCUCGGCCACACUACCACGGCGUAUUAUGGAGCGCGGCCAAGGAGGCUGGCGUAGAGUUACGACUUGGCGCGGAGGCAGUGGCAAUUGAUUUUGAGGACUCAAGCGUGCGCCUUGUGACUGGCGAAAUCGUACGAGGUGAUGUUGUCGUUGGUGCCGAUGGUCUCUGGUCGAGGUCGAGGGAUCAGAUUCUUGGCCGACUCUCGCCUCCGUCUGAGACGGGAGACCUUGCAUAUCGAGCCACCUUGACUUUGCAGCAGAUGAAGGAUUUGAAAGACCCUCGAAUAGACGACUUAAUCGAGCAUAAGACAGUCAAAUGCUGGAUAGGCCCGAACAAGCAUUGUGUUCUUUAUCCCAUCGGUGGUGGACAAGUAUUCAACCUUGUCAUUUUAUGCCCAGAUGACAUACCCAAAGACAUGAGACAGGCGCCUGGGGAUGUGGAGGAGAUGCGAGCUUUGUUCGUCGGCUGGGAUGAAAGACUGACGAAAAUGCUAUCAUGUGUCCCGUCCGUUUUAAAAUGGAAGCUGUGUCACCACGAAGAAUUGCGAUCGUGGAGGAAGGGACCCAUAGCCUUGCUUGGCGAUGCAUGCCAUCCAACGCUGCCAUAUCAAGCGCAGGGCGCAGCAAUGGCAGUAGAAGAUGGUGCUGUUCUGGGAAAGCUGCUUGGGCAGUUGAUGAGCUCAGGUCUAUAUCAUGAUGGGGCCAGAGACACUAUACUGGACAUGUUGGAGAUCUACGAGAACCUACGAAAGUCUAGGACCACCAUUAACGUUCAGGGAGCGAGAUCAAAUCAGCGUGCAUAUCAUUUGCCAGACGGCCCCAUUCAGGAGUCUAGGGAUGCUUGGCUUAGGUCUCAACCUAGAGGAGCUUCACCUGAUGGUUUCACUCUUGCUGACACGGCUUACCUCGGAGUUAUUCUGGGAUUUGAUGCCUUGGAGGAAAGUGUUUAUGCUUUCGAAAAUUGGAAAGCAGGCCAGGUACAAACCUUGCCGAGAUACAAUUUGUAGUGGUUUAUAAAGGCGAGCCGAAGCACUGAUCUCUAGAGACUUCGUUCUUUCUGCCUUGAACAGUACAGAAGUAGAGGCAUCCUUUGACAGAUUGAACAUCAAGUGCUCCGUGGAGGAAAUUCAGACAUAUUGUAAAUACAUCAAAGGCGGCGCAGACACAGGAGCUAUGGCCGACACGCC